AUGGUUCGCGUGCGCGUGCUCUUUCCCGAGCUCCUCUCUGGUUCCCCGACUGCGGCUGGGAAGCGGAGGGCCCUGGAGAUGCAGCGGCUGUCGCCUCCGAAGACACCACGGCCCGGGGGUACGCGACGUUUGCUGACGGCUGUGGGUCAGCCAUCGGCCGAGGCGACAAAGGGAUCUUCAACGGAGGCUUCGAAAGCGGCGCCCAAGCAGGCGAAGUCGGCACGUGGACCGAAGGCGUCCACAGAGCUGACAGAAGUCCCAGCGCACAAGGACACUAUUGCAGGAGCCGAGGAUGUGAGGCUUCCUGCCGUUGCAGCUGCACCUGUCGACGACGGCCCACUGGCCGCGCCUGCCGCACCGGUGGAAGCGCCGCUGAAGAGGAGGCGCAGUGCCUGCGAGGAGGCGCAGUCAGCAGCAUCUAGCGGCGAUGACGACGUGGCCUUCAGCUGGUCGGCCCUGCGCGUCACGCGCCGGGACCUGGCCUGCCUGGAGGAGGGUAACAUGUUGAAUGACGCAGUGGUGGACUUCUUCUUGCAGCUCAUGACGAGCCAGCUGCUGCCGAACAGUGACAUCCACCUCUUCUCCACCCACUUCUACACCCGUCUGACAGCGGCGCAAGCCGCGAAUGGAAUGAUUGGCUGGGAGAACGUGAAGGGUUGGACGAAGAAGACGUCGCUGUUCUCUCGAAAGCUUGCCAUCGUCCCGAUCAACGCAGAGAUGCACUGGUUUCUGGCGUUGAUCCGCCUCGACGUCCCAGCGCCCCGGCUUUUCUUCCUGGAUUCCCUGGAGGGAGAGGAGACCAAUUGA